GGAAUGUCGCUAAAUCACCAGUAGUGGCGGCUGUCAAAGUUCUGUUGGUCUCAUAUUGAGUUUUGCCACAAUGUUUUAGACUUGAGGUUGCAGAAUGAAUGCGGGAGACCCACCAAACUACUACAACGGCGGGUCCAACACACGCCUGGAUGGCGAUAAGCCACUGCAUUCCCUUGUUUUUGGUCCUCGUCUGCUAAAAGCUUUCAACCAACCCAAACAACGAACGGACAUAAAAUCUGUGACCUACAACAGCAAAAGGCAAAAGCUGAUUCUCCUGGAUUCAAGGGGAGGAUCAUGCUGGUCUGUGGCUCGCAAUUCUAACUCGUUGCGGAGAGAGUUGACCUUCCCAAAGUUUCAGUACAACCUUCUUCAAAAAAUUCUGUACUGUGAGGAGUUCAAUGUGUACUUUGCCUUGGGAAAGGACCGCUCACUGAGGGUGUACAACAGGAACUUUGAGGAGACGGGCAGAUCGUUUACAGAUGACACCUAUGUGGUCACUCACUUCCUGUUCAACCCCGUGCUGAAUGAACUCAUUACUGGGGGUGGCUGUGUGCGGUUCUGGAACUACAGCCGUGUGGAGAAGAACAAGUUAAACAGUGUGGCAAUGUCCAACUACUCCCUGACCCUCAGGCUGGAGUUUGGCGUUGAGGAGGGUGGGCGAUGGUGUACCCAGAUGGAGCUGGACGUGCCUCGGCAGCGCCUGUACCUCUUCUCCUCCGAGAGCAUCCUGUGCUACGACAUGCAGGGGACUCUCCUCACGCAGCUCAAGAACACCCACACGGGGAGGGUCAUGGGCGCCGUCUACUCCCCCUACGCCAGGGUGCUGCUCACCGCCUCCAGCGAUCUAGAGAUCAGAGCCUGGAGUGAGGUGGGGCAUCUCCUGCACAUCUUCCAUGGGCACACUAAAGUCAUCACGGGCCUCAUCCUGCAUCCUGAAACAUCCGCCAUCUUCAUCUCCGCCUCCCUGGACUGCAGCAUACGCUUCUGGUGCCUCAACACGCUCACACAGCUCAUCAGCAUCCCAUGUUUAGAAGGUGUAGUAGGUCUUGGCCUGACAGAGGAGAACCUGCUGUACUCCUGGUCCCAGCGGACGGUGCUGCUGUACAACCUGAACCACUUCCUGGACUUUUGGGGGUACCUGCGCUACCCGGCGCUGGCCUUCAGGAUGUGCAAAGCACACGGCAAGACCAACCGUCUCCUCACAUUGGGAGAUGGCAGCAGUUUGCACAUGUUCUCCUGCUCCACUGGGAAGAAGCUGUGUCUGCUGCCUCCUCACCCGUUCCUCUCGCCGCUCAAAGAGCUGCCGGGCUUUGCCUACGACCGCCAGAGCGGCCUCAUCGCCCUGCUGCUCAGCUCCUGGGAACUCUGGGUCUACACUGCCAGAAUAGACCCUGCAUGCAGAGUGGCCGAGCUUGAUGUUCGAGAGUUCACCCCCCAAUCUAGAGCUAGAAAGAGUACACGAUCUGUAGCUUCCGAGACGCAGCAGCCGAAGACCACAUCACACUGCUGUUGUGUGGGCUUCCUGAACUCCCCCGUCUGCUACGAGUCAGAGGAAGGGCCCGUCUGUGCCGACGCUGUUAGCUUCCUGCUGUGCGGCAUGGCGGAUGGACGUAUACUCUUCAUGGAUAUUGCCAUUCGUAACUUGUUGUAUUACCAGCUUUGGAGUCACAAAGAUCCCGUGGUGUGGCUGCACCAUGACCUGGAGCAGAACUGCCUACUGAGCAUGUGCAAGGAGAGCAGCAGCCGGCUGGUGUUGACCUGGAGUCUGCCCUCGCUGCAGAACCUGCUGCAGAUCCCCGUGCCCUGUGACAUCACCGCCUUCACAUGGAUGGAGGACCUGUUCUUCGUGGGCUUGCGUAGUGGAGCAGUGAGGCUGGUCAGCGCUGCAGACUCGGGAGACGGCAGAGGCAACUCUGGAGACUGUACUCCAGUGCAUGUUUCACACAGCGCAGGCAGGUCGGACACGCUGAUUAAGCUGUGGGACCGACAGCGCACCCUGCUGGCGGAGGUGCAGCUGGACGCCUCUCUGAGCUGUGCGUGUUUCCUCAACCCCAGUGGAGACCUGCUGCUGGGCUUUAGGCAGCACCUCUACAAGCUGCCCCACACACACCUCUUCUCCUCCUCCUCCGACACACUCCUCCUGGAGGCAUCAUCACACACCUCCCUCACCGGUGGGUAG